AUGAGCCUGCCGCGGGCCGCGUGGGCCGAGGGCGCCCGGGAGCCGGGGGCGCCGGAGCCGCCGCUGGGGCCGGAGGCGGGCGGCUGCGGCUUCGCCCCGGGCUGGCUGGGCGUGUGCUGCGCCGCGCGCCUGCCCGCCGCCUCGCCCCGCUACCUGCUGCCCGGGGAGGAGGAGGAGGCGGCGGCGGAGGGGAGCGCGGCGCGGGGCGGCGGGAGCGGCCCCGGCGGGGCGCGGGGCACGGCGGCGGGCGGCGGGCGGCCCCGGGGCGCCGGCGCCGGCGGCGGGCCCGGCCUGCGGGCGCAGGUGAGCGGCGUGCAGAAGCAGCGGCGGCUGGCGGCCAACGCGCGGGAGCGGCGGCGGAUGCACGGGCUGAACCACGCCUUCGACCAGCUGCGCAACGUCAUCCCCUCCUUCAACAACGACAAGAAGCUCUCCAAGUACGAGACGCUGCAGAUGGCGCAGAUCUACAUCAGCGCCCUGGCCGAGCUGCUGCACAGCCCCGCCGCCCCCUCCGACGCCCCCGGCAAGGCCGAGCACCGCGGGGCUCCCUUCGAGCCGCCCUGCGCCGCCGGAGCCGGGCCGCCGCCGGGGCCGCCGGCGCCGCAGCCGGGGCCGCCGAGAGCCUCGCCCCCCGGGCACGGCAGGACUCGCUUCCCCCCGCCGCCGGCCGCGGGGGGCUACUCGGUGCAGCUCGACCCGCUGCACUUCCCCUCCUUUGCGGAGGGCGCCCUGAUGGGACAGAGAGCCCCUUCCCCCGCCCUCCUCAUGCCGCAGCCCGGGCAGCCGCCGCAGGAGAGGAGCAAAACGUCGCCCCGGUCCCACAGGAGCGACGGGGAGUUCUCGCCCCGCUCCCACUACAGCGACUCCGACGAGGCCAGCUAG